AUGGCGACGAAAUAUUUUUUAGUUUUUUUAUUGCUAUUUUGUUAUGAAGUCCAAAGUGCAUCGAUUUUGGAACAGGGUUACGAGUAUUUUGUGAAUUUGGGGAAAAAUUUCGCUCCGAAUUUGUUGUCGAUUUUAGAAUGUGUUGGGCAAAAUGAAGCUUGGGAGUGCGCACGGGAGAAAGCUGGGAAGAUGCUGGACGGGUUUGAAGAUGAGGUGGAGAAAGAGAGGAGGAGUUGGGAAGAGGAAGCCGAUGCUGAGAUCAGGACAUCAGGUCGUUCCAUUGAGGAGAUGCCUUCCAAGAUCGGUCGGGAGAUCACAGACUCUCUAAGCUCCCUCGCUAAUAUCGUUGAAAGAGGGAUGGCCAGAGCACUCGGCAAGAAACACCACGAGGGCGGCGGAAUAGACAGCAUCACCAUCUCAACAGGAGGAGACAAGAAAAAAAUGAAGAAGAAGAAGCCGAAACCGCCCAAGAUCCACCUCAUCCACCCAGUCAUGAUGCCCCUAAGGAAGGCGCCUAAAGAAGAGAAAGGUCGCAGCUUUGGCUCCGGGGUCCAAUCUUGGGUGAUAGGAGAAAGGUCUUUGCCUGCCCAGGAGAAUGCGACUCAAGUGUCCAGAGGCCUGGUGACAGACUUCUGGGCAAUGGGCCAGAAUGCUCUGGAUUCUCUGGCUGAGCAUGUGGUUGAAAAUGAGAACCUGGAGAAUGGAAUUAAGGAUAGAAGCUCUGUUGAAGAGCAAAGAGGAAAAAAGAAGAAGAAAAAGAAGGCUAUCCUCAAGCUGUUGAUUUUGGGAGCUGUCAUCAAGGCGAAGAUUGGAACUUUGUUGCAAAUUCUUACGUACAAAUUACAGAUUAAAUUCUUCAUAGUAGCGGUGCUGGGUCUGGCAAUCAACCUGGCUAGACUCUGGAUAGACCUAAAGAACAAACACAGCCAACAGCCACAGAAGAUAAUCUAUUACGAGCACGCCCAACACCAGCACCAUUACGACCACGAGGAGGAGGAGCACGGCUGGGGACCCUGGUCCAGGAGUAUACUGCCAGACGAAGUGAGUAUGGAGGAAAGUGAAGCCGAUGCUAGCGAAGUAUCCCCCUACAAGGCACAAGAACGGAACCCAUUAGUCUAUAGCCGUCCUUAUCUAACGAGGGUUUAA